AUGGCGUACAACCCUCGAGUCAGCAUCAUCCCAGCCUCGCAGCAACAGUCACGGUCGAGGAAAAAGGAGGAAGAGGCCGACGCGUUUAUGCGGCUGCCGGACCGCGAAAUCGUUGGCUGCAUCACCGACAUUGGCAUCAACUUCACCAUCGCCGACCUGCAGAAGCCCAAUCCCGCACACGUCCAGCAAAUCUUCGAGUGGUUCGCCGAGCUGCUUCUCAAUGCGACGCGCGAGACGGUCGAGCCGGCGAUGCGCGCCGCCGCAGAGGACGUUUGCGGCGAGUUUGCCGACGUCAUUUCACCCGAUACGCGCAAUCUGAUGGGCUUCUUCGUGUCGCUGAGGCGGUUGCUGGUGGAGUGCGGCAUCCAGGACUUUAGCUUCAACGACCUGUACAAGCCGACAUACGAACGCCUGGUUAAGAUCUUCAGCUAUCUGAUCAACUUUGUGCGGUUCCGAGAGUCCCAGACGAGCGUCAUUGACGAACACUAUAACAAAGCUGAGUCGACAAAGACGCGGAUACAGACGCUCUACGCGGAGAAUCAGGAGAACGAGACUCGGCUGGAGGACAUGAAGAACAACCGGCAGGCGAUGGAGGCGCAGGUGCGGGAGAAGACGAUGCGGAACGAAGAGUUGAAGCGACGACUGCUCGAGCUCAGGCGAAACCAAGAAAAAGUUGCCGCGCGACUGGAGGAGGCGAAGCAGAAGAAGGGCGAGUUGACAACCGUGCUGGAGCAAAAGACCCAAGAGAAGAUCACACUCAAGCAGGAGAGCGCCAAGCUGCGGCCGUAUGUGCUCCAGAGCCCAUCGGCUCUGCAGCAGAAUCUGACAGAGCUACGAGACAUUCUCAACAAUGACAAGGCGCGCAUCGAUUCACUGGACCGACGGGCACGAGCGCUUCAGACAUCGGCAGAUUCAUUCGCCGUUGUAACAACCGAUGUCGCAUCCUGCAUCAAGGUCCUGGAAGAAGUUGCGAUGGAGAUGGCGAAAGAGGAGGAAGAAAUGGCCAAGAACACAAAGCAGCGCGAGGCACUAUCGGAGAGAGGAAACAAUGCUCGCGAGGUGGAGAGAGCAGAACAAAUGCUCAAGCGACAGCUUGCCAAAUGGAUGGAGCGAACAGAGAAGCUCCGCGAGCAGAGCAACCAGAAGGCGCAAGAUGCCAAAGAGAAGAUGCACGAGCUGCGGGCAACGCACAAGAGGCUGACGGAGGAGCUCACGGACAAGGGCAAGGAGAUGGAGAUUCGACGAGUGAGGAUCGAGCAGACGGAGAAGAAGAUGCUCGAUCUCAAAGAGAACAUUGAGAACGAAGUCCACGCGGCGUACGACGAGUACCUUAAAAUGGAGGCUCACAUCAAGUUGUACAUUACCGAGAUGGAACAGACAAUCGGCUAA